CUCUUAAAUUAUUCACUCCCACUAUCGUCACUCUUUCUUCUGUAGCACCAGAGCUCUGGCCUAGCUCCUAACGACGUCGUUUCCUCCGUUGUUGCUUCGCUAUGGCGCUGAAGUCGUUCGUUGAAGUCCACCCGGACUCGCAUUUCCCUAUUCAGAAUCUGCCGUACGGCGUGUUCAAACCCGAACCGGAUUCGGAACCCCGACCCGGCGUUGCCAUUGGAGACUAUGUGCUGGACCUGUCCGUGAUUGCCUCCGCCGGUCUAUUCGACGGUCCGUAUCUCAGAAACUCCGAUUGCUUCACUCAGCCUAAUCUCAAUAAGUUUUCGGGCUUGGGACGACCAGCGUGGAAGGAAGCUCGUACGACAUUGCAAAAGCUAUUAUCAGCUACAGAGCCAAUAUUGCGCGAUAACGAAAGUUUGAGGGAAAAAGCACUUGUGCCUAUGGUAUCGUCUGCAAAUAGUUUUAAAUCUGCAAAGCCACUUGCUUACCAUGGACGUGCAUCAUCGGUUGUCAUCUCUGGCACUGACAUAAUCAGACCAAGAGGUCAAGCCCAUCCAGCUCCCAAUUCUCAGCCCUAUUUCGGACCUUCUCGUAAGCUGGACUUCGAACUGGAAAUGGCUUUUAUAGUUGGUCCUGGAAAUGAGUUCGGGAAGCCUGUGGAUGUUAAUGAGGCCGCAGAUCAUAUCUUUGGACUUGUCUUGAUGAAUGAUUGGAGUGCCAGAGAUAUUCAGGCAUGGGAGUACGUGCCUCUUGGUCCUUUUCUCGGAAAAAGCUUUGGUACAACUAUAUCCCCAUGGAUUGUGACCUUGGAUGCUCUAGAACCGUUCGCCUUUGAUGCUCAAAAACAGGAUCCUCCUCCUUUGCCGUAUAUCGCGGAGAAAGAAUCCAAAAACUACGAUAUUUCCUUGGAGGUUUCCAUUGUGCCAGCUGGCAAAGAAGACGGAAGCAUAGUAGCAAAAAGCAACUUGAAACACAUAUAUUGGACUAUAACUCAGCAACUUGCCCACCAUACGAGCAACGGUUGUAACUUAAGACCUGGUGACCUCCUAGGAACUGGAACUAUAAGUGGUCCUGUACCUGAGUCUUUUGGAAGCUUGUUAGAAUUGAGCUGGAACGGACAACAGCCUUUGUCUCUAGGUGGAACUACUCGUACGUUUCUAGAAGACGGAGAUGAAGUCAUUUUGAGUGGCUGUUGCAAGGGAGAUGGUUACAGCGUUGGGUUUGGGAAGUGCUCCGGGAAGAUUCUUCCUUCACCCAAAGAAAAAAUGAAGUCCUCCUACAGACCUCGAUUUUUCUCUUCCACCGCCACCACGGUUGUAUACUCUUUCCAUAAUGACCACUCUGCCCCUGAUCCCGACCCCAAAAUUACCGAAAUUCCCAUCAGUUCCGCCACCGAUGAACAAUCCAUUCCGAUAACUGUGGCCGCCGCUCAUCCCCAACCCCGAGAAUUGUCCGCUGCUGUUCGGAUACAAUCCGCCUACCGGUCUCACGUGGUCCGCGUCCUUGUCGGGAAGAUCUCCGCCGUCAAUUCCGAAGCCAAUUACUGGCAAAGAAUCAUCCAACGCCAGGAGACGGUUGAUGCUGUACGAGCGAGUGAGAGGGAGCGGGUGAAAAUAAACGAGGCAUUAAUGGGCUUGUUAUUCAGGCUCGAUUCAGUACCUGGGCUCGAUCCAAACGUGAGGGAGCUGAGGCGGCAUGUGAGCCGCAAGAUUGUAGGUUUGCAAGAGAUACUGGAUGCAGUUUCCGAUAGUAGAGCUGAGCAUUGGGAUGGAUAUUUGAGGGAUUGGGAUGAUAUUAUCGAGGGCUUUGAAAGAGAUGUUUGCAUUGAAAAAGGCGGUGGUACGGAAAUGGAGAGGUUUUGUGCCGAGCAUUUGGGUUUCCAGUGUUUGCAGAGGUUCCUUCGUGAUCAAUGAUCUCAGGUACACACACACACACACACACACACACACACACACA